CACACGGGUGGACGAUCGAUCGCUUUUAUUGACACGCGGUAUUGCGAGAACGGCGAGAACGGCGAAUCUAUACGAGACGAAGAAGAAGAAGAAGAAGAAAAACGCGGGCGACUCGAAUAAUCUUCUACAAAACGUCGAAGAAAGGAAAAGGAUACCGACAUGCGACUGAUAGUAUCAGUAGGCGUGAUCGUUCUAUUGGUUGGAUCUUGCACAGCCAAUCAGGACUUUCUGACAAAUUCUUUGAACGAAUGUAUAAAGACAGAAUCCUGGACAUCUUGUUUGAAGCAUCAAGUUUUGGCUUAUCUGGAUAACAAACUGGGAACCACCACGGAAGCGAGAUCGCUCGAAACCGUCGACGAAGCAAUCGUUGCCAGGACCUUCAAGUAUUUAAAGAGUUUCGAUUAUGGAGUUGAUUUACCUUUCGUCGAUGCUAGUUUGAAGUACAGACCUAACAGGAGCCUGACGGACCUUGACCUUGAAUUCAAGGACAAUGACGUAGCUACCAGUCAAGCACGAGGACUCUUGAAGAAGAAGCUCCUACUACCGUUUUUGCUGCUGUUGAAAUUGAAGUUGAAAGCUCUAAUGCCCAUCUUUGUCGCCAUUAUUGGACUAAAAGCGCUAAAGGCUCUGGUCUUGUCGAAGCUUGCUCUUCUUAUCGUGAUUGGAUUUGUUGCUAUGCAGCUCUUCAAGAAAGGUGGCAUGAUGAUGCCGAUGGGAAUGUCCAUGGAACCGGCAUCAACCUAUGGUGCUCCACCUAUGCUCUCGACGACGUCGAGCUAUGACCCCGUCAAUACGUGGGACGGCAGUGGUCCUUAUUCCCGCGUUUGGACGCCGACCAAUGGUGUGGAAGCCCAAAAUCUUGCUUAUAGCUAUUACUCACCCGGCAGCAGCUCCAGCUCAGUAGGAUCCUCUUCGUCGUCCUCAUCUUCAAGCAGCUCAACGAACUACAACUGA